AUGUCAUCGACGCCGCCACAUCUAGAGCACCCGAAGUCUCUUAAUAAGAUCGAGAAGGUCCGCCGCCAGCAAGAGAUUCGAGCUGCCAUUGCUCUUGCCGCUAAGCAGCGUGCUCGAGAGACGCAGACUUCUGCAGAUCGUGAGUACGCACUUCGACUCCAAGAAGAAUACAGUAUCGACGGCACAGAGCUUACUGCUCAGAUAGCAGCUAUUGAUGCUGCUCAUCGUCGAGCGCAAGCCGAGCGAGAGGAAGCCGAGCGAGCGGAAGCCGAGCGCCAGAGAGUCUCGCGUAUGAGGUCGUUGAGUCCUGCUCAAGUUCGCAUCAUGGAGAGAGAAGCUGAAGACGAGCGCCAGAGACAGUAUGCCCAGCAGAUGCAGGACUCGAUUGAUGAAGCCGUGGCUGCUAUACUACAACAUCAGCGCUCUCGCUUCCUACAUGGAGCCCUAGAUCCUGUGCAUCGUACACUCUCGGAUGGCGAGCCUAUGCCAGCUACUGAGGGCGAGCUUCGGUCUAUAAUUCAACGUGCAGUCCGCUAG